GAAAUUCCUGUGUCGUGACUUCAUCGCUGGAGGCAAACUAGAACGUGCAAAGAGACCCAGAGAUAUUUUCAGGAAUUAGAAUACAAAGGAUUCCUAGGACCUGGAGAUAAGCUUCUAUUCCUUGCUGAGCUGUUGCAAAGGAUACAUCGAGUUGAUCUUAUAAAGAAAUUGGGACUUGGGAACGCACGAGUUGUUGACCAAAAAAUUAAAACAGAAGGAAGACCUGGACCUCUUUUUAGUAAAUUUAGGUUACUGUUAUUAAAGAUCUGUGAUGAGCUAACACAAGAUGACUUCAAGAAUCUCAUGUUUUCUUGUCAAUCAUUCAUAAGCAAGAGUUCUAGGGAGGAAAUCUGUGAUACACCAUCCUUGUUGUCAUUUCUGGAGCAAACUGACCGGAUCAGUGAAGAAGAUGUGACCUUUUUAGAAGAAAUGAUGGAUAUGUUAGAUAACCAUGAGUUGGUACGCUUAGUAAAGUUAUAUAAAGGAUCAGCAUCAUCAUUACCAACAACAUCACAUGGACAGGAGAUCAAUAUAAAUAUUGGUCAAGCUGCACAGCAUCAAUUUCUACCUAGUGGUGGUAAUCCAUAUAAUCUUCCAGGACCACACAUCACUCCUUCAACUUCAAAGGAACCCCUUCUAUCCCCGGCACAUUUUAUGAAUUCUUCUUCCCUUUGUACAUUUGGGAAUAAGCCCCUUGAACAGCCCGGGUCAGCAACAAAGCAGUACAUUGGUGGAACAGCAGCUGAGCCUGAUGCACGGGUAUCAUCGGCUGCAGGAGCGAGACAACCAGGUAAACAAG